AUGAAUCUUUAUUGUUGGAAAAAACUCGAGGAGUCGAUUGUUGAUGAAUUUAUCACUCCUACAAAACGAAAUGAAGCAAUUGGCAUUGUGGAAUAUGUUAAUGAUCAACUAUUAACACACAAUUGCAACAAAGAUAUUAAAAGAAAAAUAUCACAGGUGGAAAAUUCAAUUAGAGAUGAAAAUACUCCUAAGAAAAAGGUAAUGUGUGGUUCCAAUGUAGAACAGUUAUCUGUUGUUGAUGAAACUUUGUACAAUUUUAGGUUGAUACAGAGAAAUGGGGAUAUUAUGGAAGUUGCACCUAUCUAUUCGUCUAGUGUAGAGAAUAUGUUGGACACUUCAAAUGAUACUGUAUCGUUGGAACAAAGUCCUAAAGAGUCAAAUUUUGUAUUUGUGACACCUACUCAAAGAAAUUUUACCGCAGGAACUCCUAGAAGAAAAUUAUUUCAUGAUAAUGUAACAGGAAGUUCAUUGUUUGAAUGUAAUAGUUCAAUUGAUUCACUUAGAAACACUGGUAAAACGAGAGACAAAUUUAUUAGUCCGAUAAAGAGUCCGUUAAGAGGCCGUUAA